CGUGGUGACCAAGUUCUACCAGCACAUCCUGGCCUUGGUGUUUGCGAUUGAUGAGAUCAACGAUGAUCCCAAGAUCUUGCCCAAUAUCACUCUUGGGUUCCGCAUCUAUGACAGCUACUCCCAUUCAAGGUUGACGUAUCGGACCGCUCUAGGUCUGCUUUUUAAAUCACAUCAUUUCAUCCCCAACUACAAAUGUGGCAUCCAGGAAAAUGUAAUAGGAGUGAUUGGGGGGCUCAGCUCUGAUACUUCUUUAUGCAUGGCAAACAUCUUGAAGCUUUACAAGAUUCCACAG